AUGCGACUGAACUGCGCUAAUGCAGUUCUAGUUGCUGCUAUAAAACUAUUAUGCCUCGUCAAUGGUCAAUUCCCGAAUUCUACGUCCCAGGACCUGAAUCUCACUACCAUUUCCUCACCGAUCGACCCUAAUAUCAAGAUCAGCUAUAAAGUACCUCAUGGAGCCUGUAACACCGCAUUCGAGUCGCAAACUCAGUAUACUGGCUGGGUGAGCCUCCCGGGUGAUUUCCCUACCAAUACUUUCUUCUGGUUUGUUGGGGCGCGGGAUAAGCAAGCCAAUUCUAGCCUAACCAUCUGGCUCAAUGGCGGCCCGGGAUCGAGUUCUAUGUUCGGCUUCUUUACAGAGAACGGUCCUUGCGAGGUAGUUGAUAAUGGCACCGACAAGUUCACCACUAUAGCGCGAGAAUGGGGUUGGGAUAGGGCGUCGAAUAUGUUAUUUAUAGAUCAACCGAACCAAGUUGGAUUUUCCUAUGAUGUUCAUACGAAAGGUUCUAUCGACUUGCUCACUAACGAAAUCUAUACCCCACCUGACAAGAGACCGGAUUCGCUACCACCGAGCGCAUAUCUAGACGGUACAUUCAGUUCUAUGAAUAUCAACCAUACGUCUAACACGACCGAGACAUCAGCUAUUGCCAUAUGGCAUAUGCUACAAGGUUUCUUAGGGGCUUUCCCGGAAUUGAAUCCUCCAAAGGACAACAUCUUGGGCGUGAAUCUGUUUUCGGAAAGCUACGGAGGGAAGUACGGCCCUGCGUUUGCGCAGAAAUGGGAACAGAUGAACGCCGUUCGAGGCAAUAGGACUAUUUCAAAUAGCACCUCUGUUGAGAUUCGCCUUGUCUCACUUGGUAUUGUAAACGGCUGUGUCGACGACCUGAUCCAAGCACCGUAUUAUCCCAUCAUGGCGGUUAACAAUCCUUACGGGUUUCCUGCCAUCAACUCCGUCAGAGCAAAAAUGGCCAAUGCUAGCUUCUAUACUGACGGUGGGUGUCGAGAUCUGAUCAACCAAUGUCGAACCGCAGUUGCUAGUAAAGACCCGAAUAACAGCGGUUCGGUCCCAGACGUGAACCGCAUCUGCGAGUCCGCUUAUAAUAACUGUACCAAUAACGUAAUGUUACCUUACUCAGAUGCUGGCCGCAGCCUCUAUGAUAUCGCGGCGCCUCUGCCCGACUCAUUUCCGCCCCGGCGAUAUCUAGAAUACGUGAACACGCCAACAUUCCAAAGAGCCAUUGGUACGCGCCUCAAUUACACGGAGACCAACAGCCAGGUUGCCGCAGCCUUUGCUUCCACUGGGGACUACGAGCGCGAGGCAAUGGUACCCAAGCUAGCCUCACUCCUCAACGCAGGUAUUCGCGUAGGAUUUAUAUACGGCGACCGAGACUAUAUUUGCAACUGGCUGGGCGGCGAGGCAGUAUCCCUAGCGCUCGCCUCAUCCGUAGCAGGCUAUGAAUCAUCCUUCAUGUCUGCCGGAUAUGCGCCUAUCAUCGUCAACGACAGCUACGUCGGCGGCGUAGUGCGGCAAUUUGGCAACCUGUCCUUCAGCCGCGUGUACCAAGCAGGCCACUUUGUACCAGCUUAUCAGCCAGCCACGGCUUUCGAAAUAUUCGCGCGAGUCAUCCGUGGCGACAGCGUAUCCACAGGAGAGAACAUCGACCUUUCUACGUACAACACCACAGGCUCCACCGAGGCCAACAGCGCCCUUGACCUCCCCGCCGCCCCGUCACCAACCUGCUGGCUUCGCGACGUGCCCGGUAGUUGUGGUGAAGAGCAACGUAGCGCCAUUCUAAACGGCGAUGGUUUCGUCGUCAAUGGCGUUGUACAAACAGGUCCGACGGUGACGACCCCGCCAGCUUCUGCUGUUGCCGAUCCCUCGACAACUACGACACAGCUCACCGGCUUGUUUACAGCUACCGCAACACCAUCAAGUGUAGCCAUGCCAAGGGUAAAGCCUAGUAUUGACUUAGGAUUAGCUGUCGGCGGCAGUGUUAUUGUUGCGAUACUACUUGGUUCAUAA